AUGGCGUCAACACUUGUGGAACAUCAGCGAACUCAUAGUGGAGAGAAACCUUACAUAUGUAAUGAAUGUGGUAAGGCUUUUACCCGAAAAUCAGGUCUUUUGAAACAUCAGCAAAUUCAUACUGGAGAGAAACCUUACAAAUGUAAUGAGUGUGGCAGGGCUUUUAGCACUCCAUCAAACCUUUGGAAUCAUAAGAAAAUUCAUACUGGAGAGGAAAAACCUUUCAAAUGCAUUGAAUGUGAUAAAGCUUUUACCCAGAAAUCAGGUCUUGUGGAACAUCAGCGAAUUCAUAGUAGAGAGAAGCCUUAUAAGUGCAAUGAAUGUGGUAAGGCUUUUAGCAGUCGAUCGGUUUUUCGGAAACAUAAAAUAAUUCAUACUGGAGAGAGUCCUUACAAAUGUAUUGAAUGUGGUAAGGCUUUUUCUGAAAGAUUAAGACUUGUGGAACAUCAGCGGAUUCAUAGUGGAGAGAAACCUUACAAAUGUAAUGAGUGUGGUAAGGCUUUUACCCGAAAAUCUGGUGUCUUGGAACAUCAACAAAUUCACAGUGGAGAGAAACCUUACAAAUGUAAGGACUGUGGUAAGGCGUUUACCCGGAAAUCAGGUCUUUUGAAACAUCAGCGUAUUCAUAGUGGAGAGAAACUUUACAAAAGCUUUAACACCUCCGUCUCCCGAUUUCACCUCCAGCCAGACCUCUGCCCGGAACUCCAGUCUCAUGUGUCCAGGUGCUUCUCAACGACUCGGCUGGGGCCUCUCACGGGCGUCUGCACCACUGCCCCUCUGAUCGUCCCUGAAGGUGUCCACGGUGCCGUGCAGGGCGGCCCUGAACUUCCUGGGGCUCAGGGGAACAGCUCGACACCUGCCUCCCUCAGCUCUUUCCUCUGA